AUGGCGUCCGCACGGUUGGUCGUAAUUUUCCUGCUAACGCUCAAUAUCUGUAAAGGUAAUUUCGCUGGCAAACUGCUCGAUGGCAAAACGGACGCUCCGGAAAGGGAGAUCGAGUUGGCGCACGUCAACCGUAUCGCGCAAGCACGGAAUUCCAUCAUCCCACCUCAUCGGCGGUACAAGUGCCUUUCGUGCGAUCCACCGGAUUGCAGUACGGUCCACCGGCACCACUGCCAGGAUGCGAUCCAGUGCUGGAAGUCGCGGACACUCGAUCAGCACGGUAACGAGAGCGUACAGCGCGGUUGCACUACCGAACACGAUCAGCUGCGGCUGUACUGCAAUCAGCAGCAACCGGAGUACAAGAACGGAAACGGCACGGUGCACGGUGGACCCCAGAAGCGCCACGUGAACUCGGCGUCUGGCACGUACAACAUCGAGUGCUGCACGGGCGAUUACUGUAACGAUGGCGAGUUCCCAGCGCUGAUGGCCGCAUCAGCAGGAGCAGUGCGGGAAAGUGAAGAGCACGAUCCGUUCGCAGGCCGCAGGAUAGCGAUCGCCGUGCUGGUACCGUUCGGUUCGCUUUUGGCUAUCACCAUCGCUGCCGUCUUUUGUUGUCUGCGCCGUGGGCAUACCAAGCCAUCGGAAGAAGCAAGCCCGGGAACCGAGGACGAUCCGGCAUCGUACUACACCAACGAUGCGGUGCUGCAGGCUACGAGCGCGGGCGAUAGUACGUUGCGGGAGUAUCUGCAACAUUCCGUCACCUCGGGCUCCGGCAGUGGUUUGCCGCUGCUCAUACAGCGCACGCUGGCCAAACAGGUGUCGCUCGGCGAGUGCAUUGGCCGCGGUCGGUACGGUGAGGUAUGGCGUGGCAUCUGGCACGGCGAAAGUGUGGCGGUGAAGAUCUUCUUCAGCCGCGACGAAGACUCCUGGAAGCGAGAGACAGAGAUUUAUGGUACCGUUUUGUUGCGCCACGAAAACAUUCUCGGCUACGUCGGCUCGGACAUGACGUCGAGAAACUCCUGCACGCAGCUGUGGCUCAUGACGCACUACUUUCCGCUGGGUUCGUUGUACGAUUUUCUGAACCGCACCGCCAUCACCACGCACCGGAUGGUUCAGAUUUGCCUUUCGAUCGCCAACGGGGUGGUACAUCUGCAUACGGAAAUAUUCGGCACGGAGGCUAAACCGGCCAUCGCGCAUCGUGAUCUGAAGACGAAGAACAUUCUCAUCCGCGCGAAUGGUACGUGUGUGAUCGCGGACUUUGGGUUGGCCGUGAUGCACAGCCAGACGACGAACCGGAUCGACAUUGGUGGAGGUGCCGUGCGCGUCGGAACGAAACGAUACAUGGCACCGGAAGUGCUGGAGGAAAGCAUCCACUUGGAGUGCUUCGAUGCGCUGCGAAAGUGCGACAUCUACGCGCUUGGGCUGAUCUUCUGGGAGGUUUGUCGCCGCACGAUAGCCAGUGGCAUUGCGGAGGAGUACCAGGUACCGUACUACGACUGUGUGUCUUCCGAUCCCAGCUUUGAGGAAAUGCGAAAGGUGGUGUGCGUGGACAACUAUCGGCCGUCAGUGCCGAACCGGUGGACCUCCGAUCCGGCUCUCGCCGAGAUGGCCAAGUUGAUGCGCGAAUGUUGGCACACGAACGCGAACGUACGGUUACCGGCGUUGCGCAUCAAAAAGACGCUGCUCAAGUUGCCGAGCUCGGAUGGGAGCACGGAUUAA